AUGGAGUUGAAGCUAGGCAACAUGAUCUACCUGCAUAAUGUCAUCGUGGCUGAUAUAAUGGACGACUGCAUCCUGGGCCUAGACUUCAUGAGGAAGAAUUGUUGUGCGAUUGACGUUAAGCAAGGUGUCUUGAAAUGUGGACAAGAGGAACUUUUUGUGGAAGGAGCGUUACCAGGGAACGUGUACAGCCUUGAGAAGAUUGUUCUUCCGCCAAGAUCGGAAACGAUUGGCCGAACCACUAACAUCUCAGAAGUACGUGUGCUGAACCUUUGUGGCCAGGAACAGAUUAUAGAAAAAGGCACACUGGUUGCUACUUGUGAGGAAGUGGAUUGGUUACGUCGGUGCCAAUAUCUAUCGACUGGGACCCCCAGCAAGGAUGCACAAACGAGAGUGAGCACACUUUUAGAAGACUGUCGCAGCGUUCUCUCCCCGAAUGAAAUGGUCAAAGCGAAGAAGUUGUUACUCAAGUAUGCCGAUGUAUUCUCAUCAAAAGAUGCUGACAUAGGAAAGACUGGCUUAGUUCAACACAAAAUAAACACAGGUGAAGAAUUGCCUAUCCGUCAGCGGCCAAGAAGAUUGCCGGUAGCACGUGAAAAGGAAGUGGAAACCAUGAUUGAGUGA